AUGACCACUUUACUAUUAGUGUUUGUGUGUUUGCAAGUCAUCACCACAGCCGUCUCUGUGGAGCUCUCAGACAGUAGUGGUGGCCUGGAAGUGAAGAUACCUGAGCAGUCUCCCCUGCGUGUUGUCCUGGGAAGCUCCCUGAACAUCCCCUGUUACUUCAACAUCCCAGAGGAACAGGACACCAGUGCUCUGCUGACCCCACGGAUCAAAUGGAGCAAACUCUCAAAUGGGACCGAAGUUGUCUUGCUAGUGGCCACCGGUGGGAAAAUCCGUCUCAACACCGAGUACAGGGAGGCGAUCUCUUUGCCCAAUUACCCCGCCAUCCCCACCGAUGCCACCUUGGAAAUCAAGGCGCUGAGAUCCAACCACACUGGGAUUUAUCGCUGUGAAGUGAUGUACGGGAUUGAGGACAGACAAGACACAAUAGAGAUCCUAGUGAAAGGCAUCGUAUUCCACUACAGAGCAAUCUCCACAAGGUACACCUUGAACUUCGAGAAAGCAAAGCAGGCCUGUAUCCAGAACAGCGCUGUCAUUGCUACUCCCGAGCAGCUGCAAGCUGCCUACGAGGAUGGGUACGAGCAGUGUGAUGCUGGCUGGCUGGCUGAUCAGACUGUCAGGUACCCCAUCCACUGGCCCCGGGAGCGCUGCUACGGCGACAAGGAUGAAUUUCCUGGAGUGAGAACCUAUGGUGUCCGUGAGCCAGAUGAAACCUAUGACGUUUACUGCUAUGCAGAGCAAAUGCAAGGUAAAGUCUUCUAUGCCACCGCCCCUGAGAAGUUCACCUUCCAAGAAGCUUUCGACAAAUGCCGCAGUUUGGGAGCCCGUUUGGCCACCACAGGAGAGCUGUACUUGGCCUGGAAGGACGGCAUGGACAUGUGCAGCGCAGGCUGGCUGGCCGAUCGCAGUGUCCGCUACCCCAUUUCCAGAGCACGGCCCAACUGUGGAGGAAACCUGGUGGGCGUGCGGACAGUGUACCUGUACGUCAACCAAACGGGGUACCCUCACCCCGACUCUCGCUACGAUGCCAUCUGCUACAGUGGUGAGUGCUUCGGAGCUGUAGGACUAAGCAAUGUGUCUUUACGCAUCAGCAAGCAGGAGCUCCCUGUGGAGCUCCCCCUGCCACGCAAUGCCACGGAGGAGGAGGCCCGCGGCAGCAUUGCCACCCUGGAGCCCAUUGAGAUCACACCCACCGCCACCGAGCUGUAUGAGGGCUUCACUGUCCUGCCCGAUCUCUUCGCCACCAGUGUCACAGUAGAGACAGCUGCCCCAGAGGAAGAGAACGUGACUAGGGGGGAUGUCACAGGGGUGCGGGCUGUACCUGAAGAGGUGACCACCAUAGCCUUAGGCACUGCCAUCACCACCGAAAUGGCAGAGGUGAGCUCGGUGGAAGAGGUCGUGGGGGUGACUGCCACACCAGGACUAGAGUCCGCCUCAGUGUUCACAGUGGAAGAUCAGCUCGUGCGAGUGACAGCAGCCCCCGAUGUCGGUCUCCUCCCUGAGCAGCCCAUCUCCCCCACGGGUGUGGUGUUUCACUACCGCGCUGCCACCAGCAGAUACGCCUUCUCCUUCGUCCAAGCCCAGCAGGCCUGCCUGGAGAACAACGCAGUUAUCGCCACUCCCGAACAGCUCCAGGCUGCCUACAAGGCUGGUUUUGACCAGUGCGAUGCCGGCUGGCUGCGGGACCAGACAGUCAGGUAUCCCAUUGUGAAUCCCCGAAAUAACUGCAUAGGAGACAAAGAGAGCUCUCCGGGCGUGCGGUCAUACGGCAUGCGCCCAGCCUCGGAGACCUACGACGUGUACUGCUACAUCGACAGGCUCAAGGGGGAAGUGUUCUUCGCAACGCAGCCAGAGCAAUUCACCUUCCCAGAAGCUCAGCAGUACUGUGAGAGCCAAAAUGCCACACUGGCCUCUGUUGGCCAACUUCACGCCGCCUGGAAGCAGGGCCUGGACAGAUGCUACGCUGGCUGGUUAGCCGACGGCAGUCUCCGCUAUCCCAUCGUGAGCCCCCGUCCUGCCUGCGGGGGGGACGCGCCCGGCGUGAGAACCGUCUACCAGCACUAUAACCAGACGGGCUUUCCCCACCCGCUGUCCCGGCAUCACGCCUUCUGCUUCAGAGCUCUGCCACCUGCGGAGGAGGGGGUCACCUCGUUCUUUGAAGAAGAUGUGCUGGGAACCCAAGUGAUCCCUGGAGUGGAGGGGGUACCCUCUGGGGAGGAAGCGACCGUGGAGACGGAGUUUACCACUCAACCUGAGAAUCAGACAGCCUGGGGGACAGAGGUCUUUCCAACCGAUGUGUCACUGCUCUCAGUGAGUCCAUCUGCUUUUCCUCCAGCUACCGUAAUACCAGAGGAAACAAGUACCGAUGCUUCCGUCAGCGAAGUGUCAGGGGAGGUGACUGAAUCUGGAGAACAUCAAGUCAGUGGUGAAUCUUCAGCAUCUGGGUGGAUAUCUGGAGUCCCGGAUACAAGUGGAGAACCAACUUCUGGAGUUUUUGAACUUAGUGGAGAACACUCAGGGAUCGGAGAAAGUGGAUUAUCAUCGGUAGACCUGCAUACCAGUGGCUUUCUACCUGGAGAAAGUGGGCUACCCUCAGGGGACCUGAGUGGGUUGCCUUCUGGCAUUGUUGACAUCAGUGGCUUACCUUCUGCAGAGGAAGAGGUACUGGUGUCUACUUCGAGGAUACCAGAAAUCAGUGGGAUGCCAUCUGGAGUGGAAAGCAGUGGGCUGCCUUCUGGAUUUAGUGGAGAAAUCUCUGGCACUGAGCUAGUCAGUGUAGUGUCAUCUGGAGAGGAAAGUGGACUCGCCUCUGGUUUCCCUACCGUCUCUCUUGUGGAUACCACGUUGGUGGAAGUUGUCACAACAUCACCAGAAUGGCGAGAGGAGGGAAAAGGAUCCAUUGGAGUCAGUGGUGAAGGAGAUCUGUCAGGGUUCCCAUCCACUGACUGGGACACCAGUGGCGGACCCCAAGGGUUACCCUCAGGAGCUGAGCUCAGUGGGGAGCCGUCUGGAGAGCCUGAGCUCAGCGGGGAGCCU